AUGGCGGAAAAGCGCUAUAAACAGAUGCUGAAAGUGGCAGUGCUUUGUGUCCUUGCUACUGUGGUUGUUGCUGGGGUGCUCACAGACGACGAAUGCGGCCUGCCAUCAUUCACCGAUCGCUUGCCUUCAGAUGCUCAGGAAAAAAUCCAGAAGAUCUGGAAAAAUUACGAAGACGGCGAAGGAUGUGACAAGCAACACCAGGCAACGAAGGAAAUUCUUGAUGCACUACCGGAAGAUGUGCGGUCAAAAGCAAUGCGCUCAAAAGGACCAGCUUUCCUCAGAGACGUCACCGACGAUGUGCGAGCACAGUUCGACAACCUUUGGAAGGACCAUUCGAUUCCACGAGAAGAAAAACCGGAGAAGUUCAAGGAACUGGCGUCAAAGCUACUGAAUGCAGAACAGCUCAAAGAGUUCAACAAAUUCCAUGCUGCCCUUCAGCGGCGAAGAGAGGAAUUCCAAAAGAAGGUAGAACAAGCUAACACCAGAAGCACGUGCUGCUCAUGA